AUGUUGGAUCUCAAAGACAGGAUGAUUGUUGAAUAUGAGGAGCGAAGGGACAAUACGCAUGAAGCGGUUGAUGAUGUCGAGGCGAAUGUUGAAGGGCAGCCGUGGUGCGUACCAUUCGACCACGGAGAGGCGACGUACCGUCUCCUAAGCCAGUCAAAAGAUAGCAGCGGCAAUAUAGUUGUCAAAGAGUCUACAAUGGUCGUCAGGAAGUGCGGUUCCCCAGACGCAGGUGCCGACUGUGAUGUCAUCUGUUGCGAAUACUCGUACGACGAAUGGGCGGAAGAAGAACGCACAGAGUGGAUGGCCGAGCAAAUGCGCAGGAGAAGCCCAUAA